UGUACACACUAGUACAACUGUGUAUCCUCAUACACACACACACACACACACUCACACACACACACACACACUGCUCAGCUGCUCUGAGGACAGGACGAUCAACCCGCGUCUCUUUCAGCUCCUCUGUUUAUUAUGCCUCUGCCCUGGACUUGAAUGUAUAUCAACCACCACAGCCAAACAAUGAGAGGCAUACUUAAGAGGAAGUAUGCCGAGGUGGAUGACAACCCCUGCUACUCCUCCUCCUCCUCCUCCUCCUCCUCCUCCUCCUCCUCCUCCUCCUCUCCUCUGUCCUCCCUCUCCUCCCCUGCCAACUCGGAGUGGGAGUCCGACGGGGAGAGCAGCUCCUCCAACAACCAGGAUUUCACCCCUCAUAGAUUGUCUUCCAUAACCAGUCCAACCAUAUGCUCCAUCCUGAAGAGGCCAAAGCUCGGGGGUUCACAGAGCAAUGUGCGCUUUGACCGGGUGACAGUGUUCAGUUUCCCACGCUGCCAGGGCUUCACCAGUGUGCCCAGGCGAGGAGGUGCCACCCUGGGUAUGGUGCGGACGCACAGCACUCUUCAAAGCUACACCGUGGCUGAGCAUGCACUGGAGCAACAGCACAGACGUGGAGAGAGGCUCCGAGAAAACCGAAGAGAAGAGAUGUUCCAGGCAUUAAAGCACACACUGAUCACCAGCGGAGCCAUGGACCAGAUAGAAGCAGACAGGCUGACUGUGGAUCAAAUCCCAGAGGAAGACAGCGACAUCCACAUCAGUGAUGCAGAGCUCAAGGACGGAGGUUUCCUUCAGCCGUACUCCUCCAAACAGCGGCAGGCGCUCCUCCAGGCGGCGGGGGUGAAGCGCGUCGACAGGGAGGAGAAGAGACAGCUUCACUUCCUGCGUCUUUCUAGAGAGGCGUGUGGAUGUGACUGUCAGGGCUUCUGUGAGCCAGAGACCUGUGCGUGCAGUCUAGCAGGAAUCAAGUGCCAGGUGGACCGCUUAAACUUCCCAUGUGGCUGCACUAAAGACGGCUGCGGAAACACUCAUGGACGCAUUGAGUUUGACUCCAGACGCGUGCAGACCCAUUACAUCCACACUGGUAUGAGGCUCGAACUGGAGAGACGCCUGCCCGAUGAAACACUGUGCCGAGAGGACCAGGCGGAGCUUCCUGAGGACCUAGUGGAGUAUGAGGACCAGGGUGAGGCUUGUGCAGUGCAGAGUCCACAGGAAAAGAGCUGCCCCUUUGGGUUCACCAUGGAGGAAGACGGCCUUCCUCUCACUCUGCCACCCACCCCUUCCUUCCCUUUCAUCCCCGAGCGGUUAGUCGUGGAGGAGAACAGCUGCAGCAGUGACAUGACCGAAUCCUCCUGCACCUCCUCUGACUCUGACGCAGGAGGACGCCUCCCUGGGAGUCAGAGUCACUCUAAGACAUAUCCCUGUUCCCAUAGUAUCUGUGAGUCUGAAAACAAUAACUACUCUAUGUGCAAUCAGCUGAGGCACACAGGGGAACCACUGACACAGCACAGCGGCAACAUGGCCACACACAGCACAACUACUGACAGUACGGGACCACUUACAACCAACACACUCACAGACAAUGUAAGCAGGGCCUCGCUGACAGAUUACCUCGACGAGAACGCAAACCAAGCCACAGACUUCUUUGACAACGAUUCUCUCGAGGGCUUCCCCAACACGCCCUCCCCCACCCUGGACUAUUCCUCAGGGAGGUACAUGGACCUGAGUCUGUCCUCCGACUCCGACCUGGAGUUCUUCGACAGCGACUACCCCUCUGGACUGCUGCACAGCUCCUUUAAAGGAUACAGACACCCCGACAGCAUUUGCAGCCUACAGCUGUUCAGCUCUGUGAAUCUGCCACAGUACGAGUCGAGCACCUACCUCCUGGAGUCUUUGAUCGGCCUGAACGAACCGAGCCCAGAUCAGGUUUACUCAGUCGCAGAAAAUCAGCUUUUUUAGGCGAUAAGAAACUCUAAACAUAACAAAAAUCUAUGUGAGAGAAUUUUAUGUACAGAGCACUGCUUUUAUAUAUUUGUAAGAAUAUUUCAAUGUACAAAGAAUGAUAUAUAAAAUAUUUUUUUCCAAGUUAGAUAUUUUCUCUAUUGCCUAAAAAUGAUUUGCCUUUGUUUCAGAGAAACUACACUUAAGUAAUCUAAUAUAUGUUCUGUUUUUUGUAUUUUAUUUAAUGAAUCUAUCAAAUGAAAUGAUAUUAAUAUCUUCCAUGGCCACUAAGAAUAUUGGUGAAUAUUCGAUGAAUGAAGGGUGCACAUUAAUUUUCAAAGUUAGUGUUACGCAAAGUUACCAAAGGGUCAAUGCAGAGAUACAAUUUCAAGACCAUAUUUCUCAAGACAUCAUUAAAAUCAUAUGUAUUGUAAUUGGCUGUUUGCCGUGGUGCAAACAGGAUCAUCCACUUUGACUAGUGGUUCCAGCCUUUAUUUUGUGAAUUAGUUUAAAUAAUUGCCACGUCACAUUGUGUUAAGAGUCCCUGUAUUGCAGUAAUAAAAGGAAACUGUUUUAUUUAUUUU